ACAAUCUCUUUCGAAUGUCAAUAGUGGAAAAGAUUAGAGCAGAAAGAUCACGCUAACUUCACAAUAAUUUUGUAUGCCAUUGCUGCUCCUAAGUUUCAGUAGUCGCAUUUAUGAUUCAAUCAGAGGCGUUUUGUUGUUGAAAAUCCGCAGAUCACCAUCCCCAGUCACAAUGGCCCACGAAUAGGGUCUUCCAAGCGAGGCCGCGCCAUUAUCUCGAUUGCAAAAAAGCAAGUCGAUACGCACGAAUGACUUAAAAAGCUUGAUCCCCAUCCCAAAAUGGUCUUAGGCCACCAGGUAUCAUACCUGGUCAUUCAGUGGAUAAUUUGCAGCGGGUCUUCUUGUUGUCCAGUUCAGGGUAUAACUCGUUUCUUUGAGUUUUCCCAAUAGAUGGCCUGAAUAAAACACACGAAAUGGUCGACGAUCUUAAUUAUACUCCUCGAAUCCUGGGCUGUUGUCUUGAUAUGUUUGGUGCAACUCCAUGAAGUCGCAUCAUGCAAUAUCAAAAAUGGUUUCACGGAUGAUAGAAGAUCUUCAAUAUUAUCCCACUCCAAUAUAGCAAUUACGGCAUGUCGUCCACGAUACUCUCACACAUCCUGUGUUUGUUUUGCCCGGAGUUCUUAGCCAAGCACUGUAAGCUUGAAAGUUGCUGAAGCAAGUUCGCUUGAAUACACAAUUACCCUUUCUGGUGAUGAUAGUUCCGGUUUACUUUUGCUGCAAUGGUAAUCUUCCAGGGGCUGUAACGUUUGGAAAAGUGAAUUCAAUGCUGGCUUGAGCCAUCCCAGCUUGUCUUGGGCAUGGCAUCAUAUAUACACAAGAGCCAUUACAAUUCUCUCAAUACCAUCAAACACGUCCUCUUUUCUUUACUAAUAGCGAUGGGUCCCAAACGUUGAAGAAACGACUCACUGCAUAGCAACUUACCUAAGUAAAACCACAGAACUCUCGAUCUUCACAAUGACAGUUCCGCUCACAGAGAAGGGCCAGCAAUUGCUCGGUGUCUUGUGGAUGGAAGUCGUCCUUUCCUUUUGCUUUAUUGGUCUCCGGUUGUAUACGCGCAAAUUCAUUGGUGGUGCGCCAGGUGUAGAUGAUUAUCUUUUGAUACUUAGCUGGGCUUUAAUGACGGCUUUCUCAGCAUGUAUUACACACUCAGUAUCAUAUGGCAUGGGAACGCACGCGUCAGCAUUGACUCUUGCGGAUAAUUCUCAUGGCAUAUUAUGGCUUCUAAUAGGCCAGUCCAUCAUUGCAGUUGCUAUGGGAAUAAGCAAGUGUGCUGUAGCUGUCUUCUUACUACGAAUUGUAAAUCAAACCUGGCAUAAGAUAUUACUCUACUUUUGGAUUUUGACUAUCCUGGUAUUGAGUUUCUUGCUAGCCAUCGCUGUGUUUGCACAAUGUACUCCAGUUCAGUCUAUCUGGGAUCCUACAGUUGAGGGUACCUGCACCCUGAGUUUGACUGUCAUUGCGAAAGUUAUGUGUUCUUGGUCGGCAGCAAUGGACUUCUUCCUUGCGGGGUUUCCUUGGGUCGUCAUCUGGGGUCUCAAUAUGAAACAAAAAGAAAAGAUCACCAUUUGUGUCUCUUUGAGUUUGGGUGUUAUUGCUGGUGUAUGCGGUGUGGUUCGCACUACAACCUUGGAUGCUCUUAUGGAGACUGAUGACUAUCUGUAUGCUGUUAGUGAUUCCGUCAUGUGGACCAUGUCCGAGCUUUGUGCCACUGUUAUCUGCGUCACCAUUCCUGCCCUUCGACCCCUCUAUAACCGGAUGACGGGAGCAAGUUCGGCAGGCGGACCUUAUCAAAACUACGACUACGACAACCAGGAUUCUGGCGCUGGCGCUGGCGAAUAUAAUCUCAAAUCUUUGAAAAGAGGCAACAAGGAGGCAACGCAUUACGACGUCGAAGUAACUCGAGGAGGCGUGGAUAAUGAUACUGAUAGCGAUACAUGUAUUCUCGCACCACCAACAGCAGAUGAAGUGAAAGAUGGUGGAAUUCAGCGCCACCGGGAGGUUACGGUUACUUAUGAGGAUGGCAUGAGUGCGACUAGCAGUAAGCAGCAUGUCUAGACGAGCAGUCGAAUAUCUGCUUUACAUUAACAUUAGUUUGGUAUGGGAAAGAUACCAGUUUGUGAUUAGAGCGGUUGAUUUUAAGGACGGGUUGUAAUUCUCAAAAUUUAAGGGCAAUAGUCUGAUGUGUGUCAGGUCCU